UUUUCAAACCUGGGAGGCAGUAACGGUCACUAACGUGUGUGCGCAUGCGCAGUGGCACUUCACACAACCGCAAUAAGCAAACAUGGCGGCGGCCGUCGACAGUGUUGUGAAAGUGCUGGGAGAGCAGUAUUACAGAGAUGCCAUGGAGCAGUGUCAUAGUUACAAUGCUCGUCUGUGUGCUGAGCGCAGCAUCCUCAUGCCUUUCCUGGACUCUCAGACUGGUGUAGCCCAGUCCAACUGUUACAUCUGGAUGGAGAAGAGACACCGAAGUGCAGGCGUAGCUCCAGGGCAGCUGUACACCUAUCCAGCCCGUCGCUGGAGGAAGAAACAGCGUUCCCAUCCACCUGAGGACCCCCGCUUGGCCUUCCCCCCUCUGAAAGCAGGUAUCACCUCUGUAGAUUUGGAGCUGGGUUUGAAGCGUGAUGCGUUGGGGGCGGUGGAUGGCAGCAGCCUGGAGGCCCUACUGAAGGGGGAACCCCUCGACAGGAGGAGUGGAGUGUCGGACCUCCGCCCUGAGGAUGAUUCAGCAACUGUGGAGCCUCCUGCCACCUCAGCGACCACUCACACGUCCUCUGGGCGUGUUCGCAAGAGAGUCCUGGACCAUGACGACUACUUGGAUGACCUGGAUGACGAAGACUUUGAGGACGAGACCCCCAAGAGACGAGGCAAGAGCAAGUCCAAGGGUCGCAGUGAUAAGAAUGGCAAGAAAAAACAGGAGGCUGCAGCUGCAGCGCUGGAGGAGAGAGACAAACCUUACGCCUGCGACAUCUGUGGGAAGCGCUACAAGAACCGUCCAGGCCUGAGCUACCACUAUACACACUCUCACCUGGCCGAGGAGGAGGGCGAGGACCGCGAGGAGAUCGAGGCACCACCCACUCCUCGCCAGCCUGAAGAGCAGAAGUCAACUAAGAAGGGUCCCAAUGGGCUUGCUCUGCCCAACGAUUACUGUGACUUCUGUCUGGGAGAUUCCACCUUAAACCAGAAGACCGGCCAAUCAGAAGAGCUGGUAUCCUGCUCAGACUGUGGACGCUCAGGCCACCCGACAUGCCUGCAGUUCACACCCGUGAUGAUGGCUGCUGUGAAGACUUACCGCUGGCAGUGCAUCGAGUGCAAGUGCUGCAACGUUUGUGGCACCUCAGAGAAUGAUGACCAGCUGCUGUUCUGUGAUGACUGUGACCGAGGCUACCACAUGUACUGUCUAAGUCCCCCCAUGACUGAACCACCAGAGGGGAGCUGGAGCUGUCACCUGUGCCUGGCUCUGCUGAAGGAUAAAGCCUCCAUAUACCAGCAGAACCAGAGCUCCGCCCCCGAGUGACAUCAUAUCAGCAACUCCCACCCCCUCAGUAACGGAACCCCGCCCCCCGAUGGAAACGUCAGACCUCCUCUCAGUCUGGAGCUCCAGGCUCUGUCCAGAUGUAGCUGAGCCAGAUCGCAGAUCAGCUUUAGAAGUCUUAAUAUCUACAGUGUCAGCCAACGUGGGGAUCAAACCAUCACUACCGACCUGCCUGCAAAGUCUCUGAGGCUUGCCGUCAAACACACAUACAUAUUGUGCGUAUAUACAGUAUAGACACACACUCUCUCCUGGACUGUUACAUACACUAGAUACAGAGACAGAGAGCAUGCAGUAACCAUAGUAACUGCUGUCUCCAUGGGAGCUCCCAGGAGCAAAAGGAUUAGCAUCACAGCUAAUUAUCUGCACCCUCUUCACACUCAAAGACACAGUGUGGACUGUCGAGACAACACGUUUCUUUUCUGCCAAAUUAUCUAUUUUUACUCCCCGAGUGUGGGAAAAAGAAAAUAUCACCACAUAUACGGUUGAGGAAUAUUAUUAUUAUUAUUAUUAUUAGUAUUAUUAUGAUGUAUUAUUAUUAUUGUUAUUGUUCUGGUUACUAGUGGACUUUUGUAGUGGCAUUUGUCUGUGUACUUUUGUCUGAUUGGAGCGUUCAUCUUUUAAAGAGGUUUCCCUGAAGGGAGCCGGUCAGUGCCAAGGUCCACCAUCAUAUGAAACACACACACAAUGAUCCAUGGAGCUUAUCAUAAUCAUGUCAGCCGUCUUCGUUUCAUUUAAAUCAGUGCGACAAAGAUGGUACGACAAAGUCUUAUUUUUUUUGGCAGCAAAAAAACUUUGGCUUUGACUCGUUACGCUGUUAGCACAAAAUCUUUGGCCUUGCUUCUUUCGGGUUGCACCAAAACCAACUUUUCAUUUCUGAUUCUGUUACUUUUAACUAAACACUAUACAGAUGAGUAUAUACUGUAAGUUUAAGAUAAAAAAAAAAACAUUUAGUGUAAUGCACUCUUCUACAUUAAUUCUCCAUCCGACAGAGCGAACAUUCCCUGAUUUUGAAAACCCUGACUUUUGACAAGUCAGACAACGCUGUUCUUAUUUAGGAAACUCACUACUAUAAGUCCAACACAUGAAACUAGUGAUCAUAAAGGUGCAUCCGUUUCUCAAAGAUGUAUUUGUGCCAGCUUUUUACAAACCAUAUGGCAGCAGCAUCAUCCGUCAUCCUUCACAAGUCCUUUUUAAACAGCAGCUGUCAAACCCGAGGAGACACACACACACAGACACACACACACACACACACACACACAAUCAAUUACAAACUGUAGCUGCUUUUAUCAUUUGUCACACUGAGGCAGAUUUGCAUGCAGAUUGCACCUGUAUGAAUGCGCACACACAUCACAAGUGUUUCUUUUUUUUUUUUUGUCGUUGUCGUAUUGUUUGUAUUUUUUUUUAUUUUUUACAUUUUAUAUUACCUGAUAUUCCAUUGGUACUGGGAGUUUUUCUAGUAGAAUUUUGUAAAGUCUAUGGUAUAGCAAACACUUCAAGUAUAUAGCUCCUAAUGCAUUCUAUGUACUGUAUUGACUUUUUCUAUUUUUGUUAUGACUGUGACAUGUUUGAAUUUAUUUGAUUAUUCUGAUAUGUCAGACCUCCAUUAUGAGUAUUUGUAAAAUGAUGUACUUUGUUGUACUAUUUUUAUUUUUACAUUUCUUUGGUAUCAAAGCCGAUUUAGCCUGACUGAAAUAAAAAAAUCACUUUGAA